AUGUUGAGGAAACAUGGAGUUCAUCAACGGUUUGACCUUCCAUAUCAUCCUCAGAGUGGCCAAUUCAAGGUCUCCAAUCGUCAAAUAAAGCUUAUUCUUGAGAAGACGGUUGCAAGGAAUAGAAAGGAUUGGUCGGACAAGUUAGAUGAUGCUCUUUGGGCCUAUAGAACGGCUUUCAAGAUACCUAUUGGCACCACUCCAUAUCACCUUGUCUAUGGAAAAUCAUGCCAUUUCCCGGUGGAGCUUGAACACCGUGCUUUUACCUACAAAGCUCGUUCCAAGGAAGCUCAUGAUAAGCUUAUUGAGAAAAAAGAAUUUUGUGUUGGUUAUAAAGUCCUCCUCUACAAUUCAAGAAUGAAGUUAUUUCCCGGAAAGCUCAUGUCAAGAUGGAGUGGCCCUUUCUUGGUGAAAGAUGUUAUUGCUAAUGGUGCCGUGGAGAUUUCUUCUUUGGAUUCCUUAUCUUCUUUCAAGGUUAAUGGUCAUCGGCUCAAGAGAUAUUUUGAUGGAGUGUUGCCUUCAUUCAUCAUCUAUGGACUUAAUGUGUUUGAUGAGGAUGGCAAAAGGAGAUUUUGGAGUGCAGGGGAGAGGGCACCCUGCGGGCUUGGAGAGGCCUCGGGUGCCCUUACUUUAAAAAGAGGGAAAUCGAAUCAGUAG